AUGGGGAUGCCGAGCGGUAUCAGAGCCUUGCGUCCUGGCGUGUAUGCGCCCUUGCCAACGUUCUUCGACGAUGAUGAAGACUUGGACCUGAAAUGCUACAGGACUCAUCUGCUCAAUCUUGCAACGAAGGGCAUUGUCCCCGUCUGUGCCGGCUCGCUUGGGGAAGCUGUUCAUCUAAGCCCGUCGGAGCGGACUACCCUCAUAUACUUCAUCAGAGGAACCCUGGAUGAAGCGGGACUUCAUUCAACUCCGAUAGUUGCAGGUGUUGGUGGUCAAAGUACGCGAGAGACUAUUCGUCUAGCAAAAGAUGCCGCUGAAGCUGGGGCGGACGCUGGAAUGGUGAUUCUGCCGGCCUACUACGCCGCUUCGCUCAAGUCCGACGAGAGCCAGAUCGUUCAAUACUACAUCGACAUCUGCGAGGGAUCUCCGAUUCCCCUUCUUCUCUACAACUUCCCGGCCAAUGCAGCUGGGCUAGACAUGUCGUCUGCCGUUAUCGAAGCCAUAAUGCGGAGAGCGCCGAAUCUUGCGGGUGUCAAAUUGACCUGUGGAGGUAGCAUAGCUAAGCUCAUGCGAUUGGUGUCUGUGAUUGAGCAAGAGCCAAAGUUGAAUGCGAGCCGGUCUUAUCCGUUGCUUCUACUUGAUGGAUUGAUUGCAGACCUAAAGCCAUGGGCACUAUCAGGAGGGCACGGCACAGUCAGCGGUAUGAGCAACUUCGCCCCUUCGGCAUGUGUCAGGCUCUGGGAACUUUGCAGCAAGCCCAGCGUAAGCCGUGACGAGAACGCGGAGAUGUCUCGGUUGCAGACAGCAUUGUCUAUGGCUGAUGUUGAGGCUGUACCGGCUGGUGUUCGUGGGAUGAAGUAUGCACUGCACAGCCUGUUCGGCUACAUGCCGCUACCGAGGCGGCCACUAUUGCCAUUGAAAGAAUCCGAGGGCGAGAAGUUCAUGGCUGCCCUUGCCCCUGUGAUUGAGCUGGAAAGAGAGCUUGAAAGGCAAUACAGCAGUUAG